CAGGGCUAUGGAGGGAACCAGAGACCACCACUUAUGGGACCAAAGCCACCUCUUAUGGGGAUGAGACCACCUAUGUAUCUUACAAAAAGCUCUGGCAAAUUAACUAUAAGUAACCUAGAUCCAGGAGUUACAGAAGCUGAUAUGUCUACCUUAUUUAGUGAAUUUGGUGAAAUCAAAGAAGCUGCCAUUCACUUCGACCGUAAUGGAAAGUCUCUAGGAUCAGCACAUAUAAUCUUCGAACAGUAUGGUGAUGCAGUGAGAGGAAUGCAACGUUACAACGGUAUAACCCUUGAUGGCCGUCCUAUGGCUAUGCAUAUUGAAAAAUUACCAGGUCCACCAGGAACUUUCAAGAUCACCCCACAAGUAAACAGUGUAAUGGGAGGUGGCGCAAAACCAGUAAAAAGACUUCAGAAAGGUCCCCAACAACAAAUAGGAAACAUUAAACAAAUAGGGAAGCAGCAAUUUGGAAACAAUAAGCCAGCAGGAAAACAACAAAUGGGAAACAUUAAGCAAGUUCAAAAUAAUAGAGCAGCUAACAAUAAUCAGAUGUUCAACAACAAGCAAACCAUGAACAAACAGACACAAAACAAUAACCAGAAAGCAAACAAUAAACAAAUUAUAAACAUUCAGACUAAGAAGAAAACAAUGCCACAACAGCAGAGUGGUAUUAUGAAAUGGCCAGCUAAUAUGCAGAUGGGUUAUGGAAUCUCAAAGGGUUACAGUUUUGGAGUUCCUGCUGGUGGUGUAGGUCUACUGCAGGGUACUGGCAGUUUAACUGGUUUGGCGCGUCCAGGAGUUUUGGGCAGGCUAGAUGGCGUAAGUUCACAGGGCCUUCUUGGCCAUUCUCCUGGUUACCAAACUGCACCCAGUGUCUUGGACAGAUUAGAUGGUGGGGUCCAGAUUAACAAUUACGUUGGGCAAAACAAGCCUCUUAUGCCUAAUCCUCCUGUGUUGAGCAGACUUGGUGGCACAGUGGGCGGAACAAGCAGUUCUGGUUCCGUUUUUAACAGAAUGGGUCCAAAACAAGGAAUUGCACAACAUGGGAAAACAACAGCAGCAGUUCCAGCAGUAGCAGGUCAACAGUGGUCCUUUGCCAUACCAGGUGGACUAGCUGUAACCCAAAAAAAGAUAGGAAAUCACCCCCAGGCAAAGAACCAGCCACAGGCAAAGAACAAGCAACAUAUAAUAAACCAGCAGCAGGGUCAAGGAAACAAGCAAAACAAACAAGUAGUACAGCAGCAAGGGCAGAAAAGGAAGGAACCCCAGCAACAAGGAAAAAACAAAAAGAAAAUUCCAACAGCUGAAGAAUUAGAUGCAGAGCUGGAUGAUUAUCUGAGGGAAAUGAAUUCCAAGAAGUAGAGAGAGGAUUAAUUAGGCCCCACUGACAUUUUACUCAAAAACUACUUUAACAAAAUAUUCAAACAUGGUAACAAUGUCAAUACAGGUAAACUUAUUUUCUUGGUCCAGUUCAUUCUUUUGAGUUCAUCAGAAGCAACUCCAAAGGUUAUCAGAUAGUUUCCAGGAAAGAUGGAAAUUUUAUUAGGUGAAUUCCUAUACUUCCAUCAGCCAUUGUAAUAGGAGUAUAAAAUGGAGUGCAUAAGAUUGAAGAUCGGUCAGAUUUUGAACAGUUUUUGACAGAUAGAUCUUACAUAAUACUAUGGGAUCUCUAUAUGUACAUUUAAGAAUAUAUUUUCUACCCUUUCAGCCAAAGAAGUAUUUUGUGAACCAUUUCAAAUUUACAAGAACCAACUGAUAAUUUGACUCCUCUAAACUUGAGUAAUGCUGUUGUCUGGUUAUUCUUAGUAAGAUUUUCAACCAUGUAAAUGGUCCACUAAGAAAGAUCUAGUACUGUAAUGCUUAUAAAAACUUAUGUAUUAAAUGUUUUAUUAUAUAUAAAAGGCUUUGACGGGUGUAUGCGGGACUACUAAAAAUGAGAUUUCUGGUUCUUUUGUCAGUUUUCUUGACCUAGGAUAUUAAUUUUAAAAUGGUAUUCUUGCUACAUACAUUAAUUGCCAGAUCUGUGCACCCCAUUUAAGGUAAAUCUCAUUAAAUCUAUCCCAUUUUUAGGGUUGCAACAUGUCAUUCUAACUGCAUCCAAUUAAAUUCAUCAGUUAGGUUUUGAGAUUUACUUUAAUGUGUUAAGUAUGAAUAGAAAAAUAAAAGGUCUUGCCCUAAGGAUAUUUGCUUUUUUCAACCUUCAUGUCAUGAUAUAUAGCAGUGGUACAAAACAUUUCAAAUGAAAGGUAAUUACUUAGUUGUGAAGCUAGGUGUAGGAAAUAUAGAUAGGAUUAUUGUAGAUAUUCUAAUUGUAAAGGGUCAUCUUUUAUUUCUUCCCUCUUUACUUACCUUUCUUUAUUAGCAGUAAAAAGUGCAAUUCCUUAAUGCAAGAGUCGAGGAUAUUGUAAAUUACUUAUUUUCUGUAAUCAUAAUGAUUUGGAUGUUUUUUCAAACUCAGCAAAAAAAAAAGAAAUAGGAUUUUUUUUAUUUUUUUUUAUAAUCAUUUCAUUGCUCAAAAGGUAUAACAUACCUAUAUUUGAGAGUAAUGGAUGUAAACUGUAUAUUUUAAUUUUACUUCUUGAGUUUUAUAACUUGUCCUCACUUAUACGUAUAAGUUCAGUUAAGAUAAUCCAUAAUGGUACUAGAUAAUCUUAAUGGUUUAACAGGGAGGCCUUUUUUUAUUGAAGAAUAUUUUCUGCAUAUUUUCAUUAAUGGUAGGCAAUAUUGGAUACAGUUUGUAAUUGCUGUUGUUGUAGGAAAGUUUUUAGAAUGCACUGUUUAACACUAGUGGAAGUGUAUCAUCAAAUUCUUUACUGUACUUGUAACAGAAGGUACUGUAGUUAGUACUGGUAUUUUCAUUGCCUAUGAAGUAAGAAGUUUUCUGUGACAAUUAUGAAUUGUUUUUGGAUGUUUUAUUUUUCAUCAUGUAAGAAAUUUUCUGUACAGAAAUAAAACGAAAUGGAAAUAA